AUGGUGAACGCCUUCUUCCUCUUCUGCGGGUGCGUGGACCAGGCCAGCGUGGCGGUGGUGGAGAAGUGGGGCCGCUUCCUCCGCCUCGCCGACCCGGGCCUCCACUUCUUCAACCCCUUCGCCGGCGAGUGCGUCGCGGGCGCCCUCACCACCCGCGUCCAGUCCCUCGACGUCCGCGUCGAGACCAAGACCAAGGAUAACGUCUUUGUCCAGCUGAUCUGCACAAUUCAAUACCGCGUUGUCAAGGAAAAUGCAGAUGAUGCAUUCUAUGAGUUGCAGAAUCCCCAACAGCAAAUUCAGGCCUACGUCUUUGAUGUUGUUCGAGCCAUAGUGCCAAGAAUGAAUCUGGACGAUCUCUUUGAGCAGAAGAAUGAUGUGGCGAAAGCUGUACUGGAGGAGCUUGAAAAGGUGAUGGCAGAUUAUGGUUACAGCAUUGAGCACAUUCUCAUGGUUGAUAUCAUCCCUGACGCUGCUGUUCGCAAAGCAAUGAAUGAUAUAAAUGCAGCCCAAAGGCUCCAGCUUGCAAGUGUUUACAAAGGAGAAGCAGAGAAGAUUCUUAUGGUGAAGAAAGCAGAGGCAGAAGCCGAGGCGAAAUACCUUUCCGGUGUUGGUAUCGCCAAACAGCGGCAGGCGAUAACUGACGGACUCAGAGAGAACAUCCUGAACUUCUCACACUCGGUGUCGGGCACCAGCGCGAAGGAAGUCAUGGACCUGAUCAUGAUCACGCAGUACUUUGACACCAUCAAGGAGCUCGGGGAUGGUUCCAAGAACACCACGAUCUUCAUACCUCACGGACCGGGCCACGUGAAGGACAUCAGCGAGCAGAUCCGCGACGGCAUGAUGCAAGCCUCAAGUAGCAAUGUGUAA